UGGGGAGAGAGGAAAAAGUUCUCAACAAGGAGAGGCAGGACUACUCUUACGGAGCCCCUGCAGUCUCACUUUUUUAUGCCUCUAAAAGACUUUCCCUUCCAUCCUUUUGCAUUUUUGCUUUGCAACACUGCUAUCGCGUUUCCGAGAGAGUAAAUCCUACUUUUUUUGUGUGUGUCUGUGUGUGUGUGUGACUUAAGUGAAAGCACCAGCACCAUGGAGCUGCUCUGCCUCGAAAUGGACACCAACAUACGAGCUCGUCCCGAUCCGAACCUCCUGUGCGAUGACAGAGUCCUUCAGAGCUUGUUGACCAUAGAGGAGAGAUUUCUACCCCAAUAUUCCUAUUUCAAAGGCGUCCAGAAAGAUAUUCAGCCGUUUAUGAGGAGGAUGGUCGCGACUUGGAUGUUGGAGGUUUGUGAGGAACAGAAGUGCGAGGAAGAAGUUUUUCCCUUGGCCAUGAACUACUUAGACAGAUUUUUAGCCGUGGUACCCACCAAAAAGUGUAACCUGCAGCUGCUGGGAGCAGUGUGCAUGUUUCUUGCAUCCAAAUUGAAAGAGACUCGUCCAUUAACCGCAGAGAAGCUUUGCAUCUACACAGAUAACUCCAUCAAACCCCAAGAACUGCUGGAAUGGGAACUGGUGGUGUUGGGGAAGUUGAAGUGGAACUUGGCAGCAGUGACACCAAAUGACUUCAUUGAGCACAUUGUGAGGAGGCUGCCACUACCCGAGGAUAAGCUGGCACUUAUACGCAAACAUGUCCAGACCUUCAUCGCCCUGUGUGCCACAGAUUUCAGAUUUGCCAUGUACCCUCCCUCCAUGAUUGCCACAGGAAGUGUGGGGGCAGCGAUCUGCGGCCUACAGCUGGAUUCAGCUGACCAGUCACAGUGGGGCGACAGUCUGACAGACCUGCUGGCCAAAAUCACAAAUACAGAAGUGGAUGUUCUCAAAGAGUGCCAGGAGCAGAUCGAGCGUGUGUUGGUGAGCAGCCUGCGUGAGGGGCGGCAGCAGCAACAGCAGCAGCAGCAGACACAGAGAGGCCCCAGCGGCAAAGGCCUGGACGAGCUGGAUCAAUCCUCCACCCCGACAGAUGUCCGUGAUGUCAACUUGUGAACCAGCAGAGGGCGUCAUUGCACAGGAUUUACAGAAAAAAAAGAAUCAUGAAAAAAAACCUCAAUUUUCUUAAAAGCAGAAAAAAAGAACAAAAGAACAAAAAAUGUUAAAAACACAAGCCCUUUAAAAGAAAGAGAACAAUGCUUGCUAGUUUUUUUGUAGAUUUUCUGUUCUUCAAGUCAAAAACAGCUGCCCACGAAAUAGAUUUUCUAUGAUGUUCGAGUCUAAAAGCAACAAAUUUGAUACAAGAUGAAGCUCUGUGGUGCCUUGGAUAUACAGAAGGGAAGCCAAUCAUAUUCGCAUUCUGCCUUGUAUAGUAUGACCUUUAAGUUAUAUUUUAACCAUAGCUUGAUAAUGAGGCUGUUAUGGUAGAAAAUGUGGAAACCAUUCAGAAAUUGCAUACGUGGGAUCACGGCGGGGCUUUUUUUCUCUGUUUUGUUUUUAUGAGUAUUAUCACUAUUACAUUCGAGACUGGUCAAAGAGAAGACUCGCGGUUUGAGCUCCUCGACCAUCACAAGGUUCACACUUGUGUUGAGGAUGAGACGGAGGAAGCCUUGAGAACAGUAUGCUUAACGUUGGUGGGUCCCAAUUCCAGGGAAGAGACAGGAUUAUAAUAAUUAUUAGUAGUAUUAGUAAUUAUUAUUAUUAUUAUUAUUAAUAUUAUUAUUGGAUAUAUUUUGGAACUGAGUAGUCGAGAUCAAUAAGCUCCUUUUGUCAGGCUGCUUGUGUGUGUCAGUUUGUAGAUGCUGUGUGCCUCAAUGUGUGUGUGUGUGUGUGUGUGUGUGUGUGUUUGUGUGUGUGUGUGUGUGUGGUCUGAAUGCUACAUGUGAUCCUGUAUCUAUAUUAGCAGUGUGCAUUCUAAAGUGUGAGGCACUUGAGCAAAGUCGUAGACUUACGGUGUUAUGUUAAAAGACUAUGGAGCAAGCCGAGGCUACAUAUACUUUGUCCAUCAGUAUAACAGGGCAUCUAUGCUAUAUCACUGCCUUCAUGCAUUAACAGUGUACAUGGUCCAUUGUUGGACAACAAUAAACUCAUGUGCAUGGACUAUGAGUGAGUAAGAAAAGGCGAAGGGGCUUCCUUUGACGCCCCUAGCUUUCUAAGAGCAUUUUGCCUGAGGUGUUAAGCCUCAGACUCAGAGGUCAUGUGAGGUGUUAGAGAAUUACUGCCAUUCUGGUAAUGAAAUAUUACCAGAUACUUCACUCUUUUUCACGUUUGUUACAAUAUGGUGUUCCUUAGUUGUGAAAGGCUGCUUUGAGUCUGAACAGAGCAGUGAUGACCUCUCACGUGUGCAGCAUGUAUGGCACAUGUGAAAACAUGAGGCCAAUGUCUUGAAGAAAGUGAGGCAAUGCUUUUUAAAAGUCUGGAGGAUGUUAGACUCCUCUGUAUUAAUUAGCAGGGAGGGGACAGGGUGUGGCGUGGAAGGAAUUGGAGAGAGAGGGACAGUUUGCAACUAAGAAGCCACUGUGGAACUGUGGAGGCACAUGAGUGCACAGCACAGGAUGGUAGGACAGAGAGGAUUUUAGUGGUGCAGGAGCAUGCUGCUGUGUAGGAGACGAGGAUGAUGUACAGCCAGUGGCUGGAAGAUGAUAAUGAACAAAAGACACCCAAAGGCUUCAUGAUAAAACUUUGAUAUCUGCAUAGUUGGGUGGUAUCAACAUUAAUUUCUCAUAACAGAUGUCAACAGUGACACAGCUAAGUGAACAAAAACAUUCUGAGUUUCCAUUUACAGUACAUGGAAAUUAAAUGAGGAACCAAGACUGUACGCUGCCAGAUCAUGCGAGGAUGAACUUUCUUGGGGGGGUUUAGAGGAGUACAAGAUGAUAAAAUACUGUCAAUGCAUCUGGAGUCCCACAUAGGGUUGUGUUCAGCUCCCCUAUAUGAUUUCAAUGGCAAAGCACUUUGAGAACAUGCUCCCCAGGAGACAAAUAAAAUGAAAAUGCGUUGGGUGGUGAUUGGAGGUGAAUAGAUGUUUUCUUUUUUCCUUGUUAGCUUUUUCUUUGGUUUACUUUGUAGGGCUGGUUUCCCAAUCGUCAGACAUACCCUUGUCAAGCAAGAGUCAAACAAAAUAAGCUUUCCACAACUUGAGAUGAGAGGACAUUCCGAUCAAAAAAACAUUCCUAUUCAAGCAAAGUGCAAGUUGAUGGGGAGCCCGAUCGUUUCAGAGAAUUCGAACGAAUACAAAACGCUGAUAUGAAUUGGCAAAACGCCUACACACACAGCUCACUGAUCCAUGGGUUCUGUUUUAUUUUAUUUACAUUGUCAAGAAAUGAAUGAUUUGUUUUACUUGAAUUUUUCUUUUUAUUUAUCUGCAUCACAGCCACAGAUAGUCACACAGGGCGGCGAUGAGCUACAAGGAAGGGUGGUCGUAACAUCCGAUAUUUGCACAUGUUCUUCAGAGAGCAAUGACAUUUGCAUUGUUCACCAGAACAGAGCUUUUGUUCAAAACCACCUUAACUGAUGUGUAUCCUAGUGGUUGGUCAAUUUCUUUUUUUUUCUUUUUUUUUGGUGCUGGCUUGAAUUUGCAAAAUGUUAAACAUUGUGUCGUUCAGGCCUGUUGUCUGUCAGUCAACACAUCAGUCCCCUUUGAGCUUUGCUGCUUCAAAUCAUUGGCAAAGGGGCUUCAUCAGCCAGACAGACACCAGCACAAAACAAGAGACGGAUGAUUUUUCUUUUUUUUCUUUAUUGUUUUGUUUUAACGGGACACACGGCUUUGCCACAGCAAGGUGUCUUUCACUUGUGCUUGAGUUUUUCAUGACGGUAUGUGACUUUGCUGAGUGUAUGUUUGUCAGACUGAAGAAAAUUGCGGGGAUCCAAUGUUUUAGUGAUGUUUUGUUUUGUUUCGUUUUUUUUAGUAAAACUGGGCAAUUUAAUGACACACUUGCCAAAACAUCCCCUUUUGAAUAUUUGAUGUGACCCUUCAUUUUUGCCUCUGUUUGCCUGAUGUAAGCUCUCUCCCAAACUUAAUGGUUGUGAUUUUUCUUUCCUGCAAUGUAUUGUUGCAUGUGUUAUAUAUUGAGACCACAUUUUCAAUUUGUCUUUGAUAUAUUAUAUGGGGGUGACCAGACCCACAAAAGGGUUUUUCUAAGAUUUAGAGAUACUGUAUUCCAAAGUGAAGAGAGGACAGAGGAGGAGGUGUGAAGACAUCAAGAAAAAAGUGUCAAUAUUUUUAUUGAAUUAUUGUUGUCUUUUUGCGCUGCUAAAAGCUAUGAAUUUGUUUCAUUUAUACAAAAAAAUAACAUUACCUAGUUGUGAUGUGUCACUUGAGUGUGCUGCUAUUUUAUAAACAUUUGUAUUAUAAUAUAAUUAUUUUACUGCUUAAGAGAUACAUUCAAAAAACGAAGUAGAUGGUGAUAGAAGAACAUGAAAUGAGUAUUCGACUGGAAAUGUUCUUUGUACAGUUUGACAGUUUGCUUAGAUAGCAUGUCUCCUUUCCCCCCUUUUUUUUAUCUAUUUUGCUCUAUUUCUUCAGUCACAUUCUGCAUCAGUGGUAUUUUCUAUACCUCAGGAUUACUGGACAAAUAUUAAAAAAAUAAUACACAAACAAAUCCAUCAUCUAUACCUCUGCAUUUAGGGAGCCUGGAACAGAGAAGAAAGAGUACAGUGGGGGAGGAAAAGAGCAGCGACAAAUUAGCAUUUUUGCGGAUGAUUCCCACCGUUUUGGUGGAGAAUCAACUCGUUCAGUGAGAUGGAAAUGUGCAAGGCUUACACUUGGAGGUGGGAGGGGGGCACAAUGGAAUCUCAACAUUUUUUGGGGGGUGUUUAUGCUGUAAAAAGUUGAAGCAUGUUCACUUUUGUUCAUGUUGGUGCUACAUCUGACUUGUUGUGUGCAAGGGAGGGAAAAACAGCAUUCCUAUAUGAUGGCCAAAGUACAGUCCUCACUUUGUACAACCACAAUCACUCUGAAUGUCAGUAAAAAUGGAUUCUGUAUGUGAGAAAAGUUUUUGGUCUGAAAUAUUGUGUGCGCGCACCAUUGUAACUGCCGCAAAAUAAUGGGUUGAGUUGCACCUGUCAUAACCAACCAUAAAUAUCCUGAUAUCUGGAAGUUUCAAUGGUGCAGAUUUCCCUUUGAGUUCCCACCCCCUCCUCCCUCACCCUCCUGCCCCCCUCCACUAUAACUCAUAUCAUGUACCUCAAAUGUCUGUUGCACAACCUCUGUUCAAUAAACUUCUGCUUUAAAGGGUGUGACACCACAUCAGUUCACUGGUA